AAGGUUAAACUUUGGUUCAAAAAACACAGUCGAUCGACCACACUCUUCAGUAGCUGAAGCUCCACGUUUCAAAUCCUAAAACAACCUCUAAAAUGUUCCGCUUUAUCGCCGUGUUCUGCGCCCUCUUCUCGGUGGUCUUGGCUGCUCCCAGCUAUAUUGCACCGCAUUACGGUGUGGUGCCUGUUGCCCAUGUAGCUCCAGUGGUUUCCGUGGUAAAACACGUUCCGGUGGUAAAGAGUGUCCCAGUGGUCCAGCACGUUCCCGUGGUGAAAAAUGUCCCUGUCAUUAAAAAUGUUUCCGUGGUAAAGCAUGUUCCUGUGGUUCACAAUGUGCCUGUUGUCAAGUCCUACGCGGUUCCAGCUUACGGACAUGACAUUUACAGUGGAUUUUAAAAGAGACUAUCGAACAACCUAAUCAAAGCCUAGAUCUGAAUCGAAUAAAUGAUAAAUAAAAAAUUAUAUUUCUUUUAACAUUAUACAAAAUAUUAUUUAAGGAUGACAUUGAUAGGUAUGGCGAUAUCUGCAAAUGUUUGAUGCGUUUUAUAAGCACAGAAUUCUUCUCGGAGAGUCGAUAGAUAAAUAUAUAUUUGUGUUGGAAUUGUUUAAUGUGGAA